CUGGGUAUAUACUCGAGUAGUGGACAGGCAAAUAUAAUCGUGACAGGCGAUAAGCGUCUGCGGCGGCUAGAGAAAUGAGAAGAAACGCGAAAUAAGGGAAACAGAAAGCAAAGCAAAGCAUAGGCGCGGCAUAGGCGCGUUUAGGCGAGAAACGUUUUAGGCGUCGACGUUUCAGUUCCCUGAAAGAAGAAAAGCGGCGCAUAGCGGAGCAAGCGAGAAAGAAGUUUCGGCGAAAGGGGUGGGGUGGGGGGUUGUGAAAUGCAAGCAAGGAUGCAGAGGUGGUGCGGCAGGCGAAUCAGGACCAGUUUCAGGUGUGCACUCACGUCAUAUUCACGUUGCUACGAGUAGUCGACGGAUCGGAAUAGAAAGAAGAGAGGAGGCGGGAAGAAAAAGAGGAAGAAGAGGAGGAGGAAAAAGAAGAAGAAUAAACGAAAGAAAGGAAAAGAAAGGAAAUAGAAAGAACGGGAGCAUGUUCGUUCGAGCGUCGUCGGUAUUUUUGUUGGUCAUUUGUGCGGUGACUUUGAGCAGAGGGCAGUUUCGAUGUCCCGAGCCGAAGGGUUUCUUCCCGGAUCCGGAACAGUGCGAUCUCUAUUACGCCUGCUUGGAUGGCAAGCCCGAGGAGAAACUGUGCAAGGACGGCCUCGUCUUCAGAGAUGACAACCCCAAGAAGGAACUCUGUGAUAUUCCAGCCAACGUGCCUUGCGGAGAUAGGACUCUUCUUCAGGAACCGCAGACGAGCAAAGGAUGUCCACGCGCCAAUGGCUAUUUCAAACACGAGGACCCAACGGCCUGUGACCGUUUCGUGAACUGCAUCGACGGCGUGGCUCAGAUAAUGCCCUGUCCACCGAGCUUGAUCUACGAGGACAAAAUGUCCAGCUGCGUCUGGCCGGCCGAUGCCAGCAGACUGUGCGAGAACGUGAAGAGGGACGUUCUGGACGAUGGGUUCGUUUGUCCCGACGGCGACGUGCCCGGGCCGCUCGGUAGGAUUCUGCCGCACCCUACGUAUCCUCAUCCGGACGAUUGUGCCAAGUUCUACAUUUGCAAGAACGGCGUGGUGCCGCAGAAAGGGCAAUGCGAGCCUGGUACCGUUUACAGCGAGGACAGCUUCAAGUGCAUGGACCCGGAGAACGUGCCUGGAUGCGAGGACUACUACAAAAACAAGAGCUGAAUAGCGACGAAGGUGCCACCCACUCAGCCAGAUACGUCUGUAACGCUUAAUCUUUUACACUUACAAUUAGGAGAACAAUAAACCCGUGAUAUACCCUUA